AUGGCUUUUGUUCCAUAUACUAUUCGAUCAUAUGAAAAAUAUUAUAAAAUAUCAAAAUUGCUGGGAUAUAGAACAACGACUAUAAGAAACGGAAAAACUGUGUUGACGCUAAGUGAUGUUCUGAUUUUAAUUUUAGCUCUUUCAAUUGGCAUCGGCAUUUGUUUUCUGGGAUUUUCUUACUCUUCAGCCUUGGUUACAUCGGAGUCAGAUAUUGCAAUGGAAGCUGAAGGGGUGGUCGUGUGUAGAGCUUUUCUUCUUUUAGAAUGGCUUUUCAAUAUGACUGUAGUUGAAGGAGGUGGUCAUUUUUACCAGCUCGGAUAUCCCGUCAACUAUACAAAGCAAAUGAAUAGAAUUAACACAUUUUGGAUUCUUCAAACCUGCCUUCUUGUUCCAUUUUCGGUUAUUGUGUUCUACUUGGAACAAUCUUUUAUUAAAAUUCUUUUCCGGCUGUAUGGAAGCGUUUAUUUCUGUAUUACUAUUGCUGGAUUGACAAAUAGCAUCGCUGGUGUAAAUAUGAGGCUGAAAACAUCAAACGAAAUUGUCAGAAUUAAUCUCAAUCAAAACGAAACUAAAUCUAAAAUAAUUGUUGAGGAAAAAACUAAAACAGACAGCAUCGAAUUAAUAUCGACUUUGACAGAGAUUUAUGACAUAUUAAUUGAUUGUUGUGGAGACAUAAAUACUUGCUACGGAUUUGUCAUAAUGACGUCAUUUGGUCUUUGUUUCUUUGGAAUUUUAUUCACCAUUUUUACUGCUUGCACGCAUUUUCUUCACCAUGGAAAUUUAUCCAUCUCGAUAAUCAUAUCAAUUUCCUUUUCUAUCUACUAUUUGUUUGUUUUGAUGUCUGUCAUUUACACAAGUGCGAGAAAUAAAAUUGAGGCUCAACAUUUGUUGAAAUCUCUCAACGUGAUUAUGAAUCACUCGAAAGAUCCUUUGAAAACAGCAUCAGCUUUAUCUUUCUCAUUGUUAAUUAAACGAAGACCGCCAACAGUUACAUGUGGAUUGUUUGACGUCGACUGGAAAAUUUUAUUUUCCAUGAUAUCAAGCGCGACGACAUAUCUUGUGAUUCUCAUGCAGUUUGAAUCAUCAGCAGCCUCAAAACGUCAUGAAUAA